AUGGCUCCUGAUGCAGAGACGGACGCGGCAAAGGUCGUUACGGGAGCGCGAUUGAAGAACCAGAGCCGGUCCAUUGCAACCGAAUCGCCAUGGCACUCCAUAGCAGAGCAAAUCCGAAAGCGCCGUCAGAACGAGUUACGUCGAGACAAUUUUGCAGUUUCUGUAGACCUUCCAAACCCUCUCAGCCCCCUGAACGGCACGGAAAAUGGCAGUACGGCGAAUGAUUUCUUGGUGGACCCCGAAGCUUCCAAUGUCCAGGUGGACAUGACCAUUGAUGACUACUUUGCCAAGGGUUUCGAAGCUCUAACGUCUGAGUUGUUAGCCCGUUCGUCCAAGUCAACAGAAGGAACCAUACCGUCGCCCGUUGUUGAAGAAGACAACGAUAAGUUUAAGGUCAUCACCGAUCCGAGGCCUUAUCAAAUGGAGCUGUUCGAGAGAGCUAAGGAGGGGAAUAUCAUUGCUGUACUGGACACAGGAAGUGGGAAGACAAUGAUUGCAUGUCUCCUUCUCAAGCACAUUCUCACCGUGGAACGGGAACGCCGUACUGCAAACCCCGAAACACCCAAGCGUCUUGCUUUCUUUCUCGUCGACUCUGUCCCGCUUGUCUUUCAGCAGCAUGCGGUCCUACAAGCCAACACACCUUUCGAUAUUGCUAAGUUUGUCGGCGAGAUGGGUACGGAUUUGUGGUCAGAGUCACAGUGGCGCAAGAUAUUCUCUGAGGUUGAUGCCGUUGUGUUGACGGCUGAAAUCCUUCACAAUUGCCUCGUGCAUGGUUUCAUUCACAUGCGCGAAGUCUCGCUCCUCGUCUUCGACGAAUGUCACCGAGCGAAGAAGCAGCACGUCUUCGCCCGUAUCAUGCGGACCUUUUAUCACGAUACAGCGACAACGCCUGUCGAGGAACGGCCUAAAGUGAUGGGAAUGACGGCGAGUCCAAUCGAGGGAACAACCAAGGCGAAUUUUAGCAAAGUUGCGGAAGAGCUGGAAGAGACUCUCGAUGCACAGAUUGUGACAGCGAUGAACUUGAGCUCUGUCGCGAGUUUGGCACAGGUGGCCAACAGACCUAAGGAAGUCAAGGUUCUUUACAAAGGCUUGGGAGGCAUCGCACGACAGCCCCAAUUAUUUGUCGUCGAUCGAACCGUAUUGACGCCGCUCUAUAGGGCGCUUUACAAGGUCGCCAGUACGGUCGGCAUCCUCAAGAGAGCGUUCGAUUCAUCCGCAAUCAUGUAUCACAUCCUCGGCCCUUGGUGUGCGGACAGACUCUGGGCAUACAUUCUCUCCGAACUCGAAUUCAAGCUCGAUAAUAUGUCAAAGUUCGACCGGUUCGUCGAUCCGGAAGGCUACCAGAGGGAAAGGAUUGCGAUUUCGCAUGCAAACGACAUGAUCAACAACUGGUCUUUUACGAAGCCUGUGAUUACCGGCAAUCGGGAAGUUGAUGAGAUGAUGUUUUCAAACAAGAUAUUGGUGCUGUUGGAUAUCCUCGGGGGGCUGUAUGAGGAUAAUCCAGAGGGGCACUGCAUCGUGUUCGUUGAGCGCCGGAGCACAGCGCAUUCUCUCUUCUUGCUCCUCAAAGAGCUCGAUGACCCUCGAUUGGCACCAAUCCGCCCAGAGUUCAUCGUAGGUCACGGAAGCACGGGCGAAGGCGACGUCGCAAUGAAAUACAAGAAGCAAAAUCAUGUCAUUCGUCAGUUCAGGAAAAGCCGGGUAAAUCUCCUCAUCGCGACUAGUGUCGCUGAAGAAGGCCUUGACCUCCCAGCAUGCGACUCCAUCGUCCGCUUUGAUCCAUGCGGGACAAUGAUCCGUUAUAUUCAGUCGCGUGGCCGUGCAAGGCGGGGAGAGUCAAUCUAUGUGGAUAUGGUUGACUCGGUACUUGGAGCGGCUGGUAUUCCGGAUUUCAGGGGCGCUGAGCAGGUCAUGAGGAGUUUCUGUUCGAGUUUGCCGGAGGAUAGGCUAUUGGGACGGGAUGUUGACGACGAUGACGAGGAUGACAUGGCGUUGAGUGAGAUCUACCAUGUCGAACCGAGUACUGGGGCCAAGCUGUCACCGCACGGUGCAGUGAGCGUGGUGUAUCAUUACUGCUCCAGGUUGCCAGGAGACGCCUUCACCACCAAUGCUCCGAUCUUCCAGAUUACUGGUGAACGUCAGGCGUACCGGUGCUCUAUUAAGUUCCCCGUCAAUUCUGCUGUGCAUGACAUUGUGGGAGAAGUUCAGCCAAACAAACCACGCGCCAAGCAAAUGGCUGCCUUCGCUGCUUGUAUCGAGCUGAGGAAGCGUGGUGGGCUUGAUGAGCGCCUUGUGCCGAUUCGAGAGAACCUCGAGAAGAUUGUGGAUGUGGAUGACGAGGGCAUGCAAGUUGGCACAGCCAAGGCAUUGAGAUCCUAUACAAUGAAAACACCUGACUUUUGGAAGGUUCGCGAAGGCGAACCUUUGCCAGGACAGGUGUACGCAACUCUCAUCAAAAUUGUAAAGCCCAGUAAUGAAGGUAAUGAAGGGGUGCCAAGUCAAGGACAUCGGCCGAUAUGUCUGCUGACGAGACGGCCUUUCGACAUUGACCUCGGCUCUAUUCAGCUCUUCAGCACCGUGGAGGCGAAGGUGUAUGCAAACGCUGAAUGUACAAUCCUACCUGAUCCCAUCAGCCUGUCGAGAACACAGCUAGACAUACUGACUGGCUACGCCUUGCGUGUGACGUCGAUGAUUGCUAACCGCUCAUUUACCUGCGAUCCGGACAGAAUGCCCUACUGGGUAACGUUCCCCACUACCCACGAAGACGGGAAGGUCGCAGACUUGAUACCGUGGGGAGAGAUCCAAGCAGCUGUGUUGCGGAAACACACACCCUGCCCCGCUGAUUUGUCCGACCUUCAAGACAAAGUACUUUUGGAAAUUGGAGAUGACAGAACGCGAUAUCGACUUACCUCUGUGCGGACUGACCUUAAUCCCUUGUCGCAACCACCCGCCGGUUCAAGGGAAGCGAAGUUCGAAAGCUUUCUGGAAUACACCGAGCGUAAAUGGAGGAAUCAUGAAGUCAAGGUGAAGGACUUUGAGCAGAGUAUGCUUGAGGUUAAAAUCAUUCCUCGUGUGCUCAAUUACCUGCACAGACCAACAGCUAAGGAUAUGCCGCGCACAGAAUUGCGCUCCAGAACUCCCGCCCACUUGAUGCCUGAGCGUGUCCUUGUGAGCACUAUCCCAGCACCAGUACUCAUCACAGCUGUAUGUGUGCCAUCCAUCAUGACCCGCAUUGAUGGGUACCUGAUUGCGAGCGAAGUCAAUCACAUGUUGGGCACAGAUGUCUCCCCGUACGACACGUUAGCCGCCUUGACUCCACCUGCAGGCAACAUGGAGUUCGACCUUGAACGUAUGGAGCUACUCGGCGAUUCCUUCCUCAAGCUUAUCACCUCCCUAUACCUCUAUGUCACUGAACCGGACAACCACGAAGGUCAGCUGCACGUAAAGCGCAUGAGACAGAUUUGCAAUGCCAAUCUUUAUCGCCUUGCCAGGGACAAAGGACUGUACAGUUACAUUCGUCCCAAGGCCUUUGCGCGAGCCAACUGGCGACCGGCGGGCUUUGUGGCAAAAGAGGAUAAGGAGGAUACAGUUGCCAACAUCUAUGGCUAUGUAAUGGGAGAUAAAGGCCUCGCUGAUGUGGUCGAAGCUCUCAUUGGAACCGCACUCUAUCACGGUGGGUUGGACCAAGGUGUGAAGGCCGCCCUUGCGCUCGGUAUCAAGAUGCCAGGAAUCGAGGGACAAUGGAGUGACUUCAGCCGGCUAUACGACUACGUCACGUCUCCGCGACUGGAUAUCGGUUUCUCAUCCCAGGACGUGCGUGGGCUGGCGAAGAUCAUUGGCUAUGAGUUUAAGCAACCGUUGCUCUUGACUGAAGCUCUUACGCACGCCAGUAUCAACACGACGAACAUCCCGUGUUACCAACGACUCGAGUUCCUUGGUGAUGCACUUCUCGAGACUACAGUCCUUCUAUACUUUCUCAAACGCUAUCCCAAUCAUUCUGAAGGCCGCUUGACAGAGCUGAAAAGCGCGAUGGUAUCGAACAAAAUCCUCGCCGCACUUUGUGUUCGGUUGGGGUUGCAUUCUUACAUCAAUCACUUCUCAGCUGCUUUGCCCAAUGCAGUAAAGGAAUACGUGACGGAUUUGGAGUACCAUCGUCUCGAUCACGCCGAGAAGGAGUACUGGUUGGAUCUGGACGCACCGAAGUUCUUGUCGGAUAUCGUUGAGUCGACGCUCGGAGCAAUUUUUCUGGAUUCCGGCUUUGACUUGCGUCAUGUUGACGAGUUCUUCGUCUCAAGGUUGUUGCCACUGUUCACUACCGAUAUAAAGCCAACUGUGAGACAACACCCAAUGGCUUGUCUUACACAAGGAAUGCAGGCAUGGGGUUGCUUGAACUUUGAAAUCCAAAGCCUUAAAACCAUUGCUGAGGAUGGUGACCAACACGGAGCAUCACUGAAGAAAGCCAUGUUCGUCAUCCACGGGCACGUCUUUGCGACCGGCGAAGGACCCUCUCUUCGUCAAGCGAGGUUGGAUAUGGCACACAAGGCUCUCUGUGAAGCUCGGGCCAUGAACAGUUCUGAACCAGAUAUUUUCCCACGCGUGUAUUGUGAUUGUCCUCCAAGGAUGCGUACUAUUGCCUCAUUCGAGAAAGAUGAUGGCUGGAUCGAUCUUUAG